AUGGCUACUAACGAGCAUAUUGAUCUGGACGAGGAGAAUGGAAUCGCUUUGGUUGCAACGGCAAUAACCCUUUUAGUACUCAGCUGGAUCUCAGUUGGUUUGCGUGUCUACACGAGAGCCUGGUUAAUGAGUGGUCAACAACUCGACGAUUGGCUCAUGCUCAUUGCUCAGGUGAUAUUCACUGUAUCUUGCGCUUUCAUUCUAGAAGGUGUCAAGCAAGGGAUUGGAAAACACAAUGAUGCUGUUGAAUCUGACGAGAUCAAAGUGCAGGCCUUGAUGUGGCAGGCUUUGGCGACUGCAACAUAUAUCCUAGACAUGAUGUUCAUCAAGCUCAGCAUUGGCGUCUUCUUGCUGCGACUCAGUGUCCAGAGGGUCUACAAUUGGAUAAUCUGGAUCAGCCUAUCCAUAAUCACCAUUUGGAGUCUUGUCCUCUGGUUUUGGAAUCUCUUCCAAUGCAACCCGGUAGAGAUGCAAUGGGACUUUCGUAUUAAGGAUGGCACAUGUGUUUCUGCAGAUCAGAUCGUCUCGGCCGCUUAUGCUAUAAGUGUUAUGACGGUCCUGUCUGACUGGCUCUACGCACUUCUACCUAUUCCAAUGCUAUGGUCGGUAAAGAUGACAAAACAAGCCAAAGCAACAGUCAUAGUCAUCUUAGGACUGGGAAUAUUUGCAAGUGUCGCGACUCUGGUACGCCUACGAUUUCUUGCUGACCUUACCGAUACCGAAGACAUUUUAUUUGCUGGUACCGAUGCAAUGGUAUGGACCCUGAUAGAACCAGGCGUUGCUAUUAUCGCGUCCAGUCUAGCUACCAUUCGCCCACUUCUGCGGGCUAUGAAGAUAAGGGGCUUCGAAUCUACCGACCACACUUACGGCACGGGGCACUCAGCUGCUGUCAAGUCUCAUACAAACCAUCAUGGUCCUGGAGUUAUGGUCAUGCCAGGCUUCGGCCCCGAGGACGUUUCACUGAAUAACAUUCCGCACCAAAAUCACAGCCGACCCUAUCCCGACGACGACGUGCAUAUUCUAUACCCCCGAAGACCAGCCGAUGGCCCUCGCUCACCGGGACAAGUUAGUCUCGGUAAAAGCGAGAUCUUGGUGAUACAGGGCAACGGCUCUCCCCCACAGACACCUCCCGAAACCCAAAUGUAUCGUUCUCCUUCUACCUCCGAUGAUCAAAUACACGACCUCGAAGCGCAGAGCCAAGACCUCGAUCGCUAUAACAAUAGACAGAGAAGGAGAAAAAGAGGCUUAUAA